CCUUUAUCAAACACACCAAGUAGAAUUUGCAAGAACCAAACACUAGUCCAUAGCACUCUUUUGUAGCAAAUACAUAUUUUAACAUGGUGAAGGUAGCAUUGUUGGUGGUCAUAUGCAUGGCAGCAGUAGCUGCCCAUGCAGAAGCAGCUAUUUCGUGUGGACAGGUCGUUCCAAACCUAACACCAUGCAUCAACUACGUUACGAAAGGCGGUCCUCUUCCAGCAGCAUGUUGCAGUGGGAUUAAGACCCUCAACGGCCAAGCUACCACCACUCCUGAUCGCCAGGCGGCUUGUAACUGUAUUAAAUCUGCUGCUGGAAGCAUCAGCGGCAUAAACUUCGGCAUUGCUGCUAGUCUCCCUGGCAAAUGUGGUGUCAACCUUCCCUACAAGAUUAGCCCUUCCAUUGACUGCUCCACGGUGCAGUAAGAAUUGUUCGGUAACUUAUGCAUGGUAGCAGGAGGCAAAAAAUAUAGGGCAUACAAGAUGGAAUAAAUAAGACUAGUGCUAUUAGAGUAGAUAGCUGAUUAAGCUUCCGCAGCACUCUAUAGUAUCGUCUUUAUGUUUUAGUAGUGGUGUGUGUGUGUUCACCAUCUAGCUUCAAAGUGUCAUCAAAAGAUUGUUUCCCUUUAAUCUAAUGAUUAUAAUAUAUCCUGCUACUUCUGGUAA